GUCCACCUUAGGCUGCUUGUGGACUCCCCAGGGAACCGGUCUUGAACAUUGAUGCAACUGAUACGGACAAUGAAUUGGCAGCAGCGGAGUAUAUUGAUGAUAUAUAUGAAUUUUACAAAAAUACUGAGAAAGAUGGCUGUGUGCAUGAUUACAUGGGUUCGCAGCCAGAUAUUAAUGCCAAGAUGAGAUCAAUCCUUGUGGACUGGUUGAUAGAAGUCCAUAGAAAAUUUGAGCUCAUGCCAGAAACUCUCUACUUGACCCUCAACAUUGUUGAUCGGUUCCUGUCCAUGAAGGCCGUGCCUAGAAGGGAACUUCAGCUUGUUGGCAUCAGCUCCAUGCUGCUAGCCUCAAAAUAUGAAGAGAUAUGGGCACCAGAGGUUAAUGACUUUGUGUGCAUAUCAGACAAUGCUUAUGUCAGUGAACAAGUGCUGUUGAUGGAGAAAACAAUCCUUAGGAAGCUUGAGUGGUACUUAACGGUUCCCACACCGUAUGUCUUCUUGGUUCGGUAUAUCAAAGCCUCAACUCCAUCUGAUAAAGAGACGGAAUAUAUGGUGUUUUUCCUUGCUGAACUUGCUAUGAUGCACUAUCCUACCGUAGUCUUGCACUGCCCUUCUUUGAUUGCUGCUUCUGCUGUGCUUGUGGCUCGAAGUACUCUUCAAAGGACUCCUUUCUGGACAAGCACUUUGAAGCAUUACACAGGCUACUCUGAGGAGCAACUGAGGGAUUGCGCCAAAAUCCUGGUCAACCUUCAUGCCACUGCUCCAGAAAGUAAGCUCAGGGCAGUUUACAAGAAAUACAGUAGCUCAGAUUGCUCCUCUGUUGCUCUUCGUCCUCCAGCAAAGAACUUGACCGAACUGUCUUAAACAUUCUAGUUCAUGUAGAGGGUUGUUUUUAGUGUGUGGGGAGAUCAUGGCUGUUAUGAUCUAUGGCUUCAUUGAUAUUUUUUCGUAUUCGUUUGUAUGUUCUAAAGUGUGAGGCGAGAGUUUGCUUUUUUGGGUGCUGGGAAAUUGCUUAAGGCCUCAAAGCAGAGUUUGAUGAUCUUUUUCUUUUUUUUUCAUAGCAGAGUUUUGCUGCUACUAAUGAUAUCGGGUGACUUUUAUCAAUUA